AGUGGCAGCCUUUGGCAGCGGUGGUGGCUGCCUGGUGUGGCGGCAUCGGGGUUUGUCAGUGUUGGCUAGACAGUGGUUGAGUGUAGGUGUGUUGCUCCGCUCUCUUGGUCUCUCCACUCCGUCUCUCUCUCUCUGCUACCACUUUCCCAGUAGCCAGCCCCGUGCAGGGUGGCGAGGAAGCGGCCCUGCCCGGGUGUCGUGGCCACACCUAGGAUACAUACACUUGUGUGCCGUGUUCAUCUGCCUGUGCUCGUCUUUGUUUCGGAAUGUGCUUUCUCGUGACUCUUAAGUCUUAAUGACAGUUCACACAGAGUAUUACAUUUUGUUGAAGAAUCACAAGAUUACACAAGAUGACAGGAAUUUACUGAAUUACUAAUCGAUGGAAAUACUGAGGAACAUAAGUGUAGGAAAGUCCUAAAGUAUUUCUUAUAUUAUGUCCUGUGACAAAUAUUCCUACUUACUGCACCGGCCAAGAGCCCAGCGGUGGUAGUUCCCAGCAGUCUGAGGGGCCUGUGGCUCAGCAGGAUCAGAGGCACAGGGAUCAUCUCUGCAGUCUUUUCUCCCACACAGCUUUAAGGUGAGAGGAAGGUCGCGAGCAGCGGCAGCCACCGUGCAGUGAGGGUCGUCGGCAGCGUCACCUCGAGCGGCCUCGGUUGGUGCUUGAUGUAGAUGGUCGCCCCGCUGUCCGCGACACCGCACCCAGGUCGCAAAGGAUGAAGGUUGCCGCAGUGUUAGCGUCCAAGGCCGGGUGGCGGUGGUGCCUCCUGAGUCUAGCACUCUUCGUUCCCUCCGCCACGGGUGUUGCAGAGGAGUGCGAGCUGCCCACACACUGGCGGGGCGGUUGGUUCCAGAGCGGUGUGCGGGACGUCAUCUCCAUCUCCAGGACAGAGUUCUCCACCAAAGGAGUCUGCACUCACUCCUCAGGAGAAAAAUUUCUUUUCAAAGAUCGGAGCUAUGGCUGCUUCCGAUGUGUCGUGAUAAGUGAGAAACACCCAAAUGUCCUCCAGUAUAAAGAAACACUGUGCGAGCCGUCGAAGGACUUGUCGGACCUGUGCGCCCAGAUCACCGGCGACGCGCUACUCUACUCCCUGUUUCGCCGCGACGCCCCGCCGGACCCCUGCCCGUUCAAAGGGCCGCUUACCUUCAGCUACACGGGCAGCCAUGGCGAAUGCAGCACUCCAGCCUCCACUAUUGACUCCUGCACCAGCGACAGUCGCUUACUCUUCAAGUAUCAGGCGUGCCCUGACGUUCAGGGCACCGAAAGUUCUGAGGUUGAGGUGGAAUGUAUCGGCCACUGGAAGGAAGGCUCCACGCGCUACUUCGUGGGGCGUCUGAAGGGGCGCAGGGCAGUCACAGAUGAAGACAGGUACCGCUGCUUCGCCUGGGAGAGGGUGCGAAACGACAAGAACUCCCUGGACUACCGCAUGGCACAGUCUGGGGACGCCACGUGCAACGGAGUCUUCUCUGCUUACGAUGGUGCCAAAAACCUACGAAUUAGAAAAGCUGGAAGCUACAGCGGCUGUGAAUUCCCAUCUUGGGUAGCAACGCACCGUCGGUGGCACGCCCUUGACAAGGGAGUGUCCUACUCUGUAACGCACCACAACACCACCCUGCGUCUGCACCACUCCCACGGCUCCAGGAACCAGCCCCUCACCCUCGGGCUCACUCAAGAAAAAGAAGAAGAGCCGGAGAGAACCGGAAUGAAUCCCACGGGCCCUGAGGAGAGAUUGGUGUGCACCCAGGAGCGCGAGAAGACCUCCUCCAGAGUGACGUUCGUCACGCACGUCACCACUGGCUGCACCAGCGGCUUCAUCUGCACCGUGUUUUACCGCAGGGACGGCCACAUUAUUGAGAUGCAGCAAGGUUCCCGCACCUUCCGCGCCGUGGAUGCCUGCGAGCCCGAGCACUUCAACACGUCCACAGCCCCGCACACCACUCUCACCAGCAGCACGCCCACUCGCCGUGCCUGUCCUUUCGUGGGCGUGUGGACGGCUGGGGAGGGCGAGUGUGGGCAUGACGUGACUCACCUUAGGGCGGGUUGCAGUUCCCUCUACGCCCUCAAGUUCGUCCACGCUUGUACUGAGCAAACCACGAAGCAUUCUUUCGUGUGUCACGGGCACUGGGCCGAGGGCAGCUCAGUGUUCGUUGUGGCGUCCACACCCGACCCCCCGACACACCGCCUCUGCCUAAUAGCCACCUCAGUCAAUAACCAAAAGAGGCCCAACAGCAAUAGCACAAGUAAUAGCAGAACUCUGCAAAUAACAGCGCACGCGCACUCCUGUCCGCGGCGCCACGUCCCCCGCACCACCCCACUCAGCUUCAACCUCACAGCCCAAGGUGAGUGUGCAGUGGCCGGCAGCAGCAGCAACUCCCCGGCCCACUGGUCCCCGCUGCUCAUCCAGCUGUCCAUCCUACUUCAUCUUGCGCCGCUGGCCGCCAGUCUCCUCAGUGGUGCCAGAUGAAUGUUGUUGGAGUUUCUCAUUAUGGCCAUAAGUUUGUUUUUCGUUUCAAUCAUUUCAUGAUAUAUGAAUUUGCAUAUAACAAGCUGUUUAGGAGUGCCUAGGUUAGUUGGUCAGGUCUUCUGUUCCCAGUGUAAAGAUUACGUUUGCCAUGAGUGUUGUGGUACGUGAGCGAGACCUUUGGUGAAAACACAUAGUUAAUGGGAUGUCAGUUUGUAAGAUAUUGUCUUAUAUGUGAAUAUUUUUAACUGAGGUUUUAUAUGUAUUUCAUAGUUAUAUACAUAUAUAUAUUCUUUUAAAUGUUCUGUAAGAACUUGACACAGUUGAAAUAUAUUUUGAUAUCCUUGAUAGUCAUCUAUUCAGAUAACAAAAAAGACUAAUUGUACAGAAGAGAGGAGUCUGUUAGUCAGACCUCAGUCGGUAAAUAUAAUAUAUACAUAAGAUAUAUUGUUGAUCCAUAAUAUAGGGUGCGGGAAGGCUGAUGUAAUUGUCAUUGACAUGAUUUUGUAAACUAUUCGAACCGCCGGUCCCUGGCGGCGCCUGUCCGAAGCACGGGGCUCGCAGGCACCGCCGGGCACACGACCAGAAAGGUGGAGAAUUUGAGAUUCUCUUGUUUCUAGACAUAAUUAAUCAUAACCAUAAAUAUAUUAACACAUAUAUGAGUGAAUCCAGUAGCAGACGACCCUGAAACCUGCAGGGAUGCUUGAAGAAACAGCUGUGUGUGAGUGCGUGUCGCCUAAGAAUGCCAUCACUUCCUGGGCUGCGGAGUGGCCAUCUUCUCAGUGGUUCAAGAUCCACUGCGUCACCAGUCCAAAGCCACGCGGCUUCUUAUCGGCGAACAUCACGAAAAACUGAGAUAAUGACUGUUUGUGAUACUUAGUGUAUAAAUUCGGACUGCCAGAAAACUCCACAAGAAAUCUUAACCAAAUGGAUAAUCGGAAUGCUUGCAGUUGCCAAGUGACUGAAUUUACUACUACUGCGCAUGUCCUUCCUGUCCUGUCCUGUGCCACAAGAGGCCCUGUGCUUCUACCAGAUGGGGAGUGUUCCGCAGAUCUUUGAUUGGAGAAUCUUCUAGGCUUCACCAAAGGAUACAAGGUUUCAGUCCAAGACGCUUAGAUAGUCUCGUGACAUUUUCCAAUACUCGUAACCCAAGGCCAGCUGCCGGUCUCCCCGCGCCCCCAACAAACAACUGUCAGCAGAGAGGCACUAUGAAAUUCACUUCUUUUAUCUAAUCGCUUAUGUGGCUCCAAUUUUGUGCCGUGUAAAUCAACUAACAGAAAAAUAAUAGUAUAUAAGCUGUAAAGAAACUCAGUCAUUAGUCUUCAUGUGUAUGUAGACACGAAGUUGUCUUAAUAAAUCUGUUGCAGGAGGGAGAAGGAGAGGCCCCGUUGCCGUGUGUGUGUUAGAGAUCGUAUACCAUGUAAAUACAGCGCCACAAACAGUAGUCAGCGUGAUCUGUUACUAAUGGCAUAGGACACAAUAUAUUCCGAUCCAAAUAAGAAACUCAUAUGCAACAUUUUUUAUGAUAUAUGAUUUUCACUGUAUACAUAUGAGACGCAUUCUGAUAAAAAUAAAGAAUAAAUAAAAUAUAUCGACGGGUUGUUACGAGUUAAGAUAUUUUUGGAAUUAUAUUUACGAAACUUAGAUACACAUUAUUAUUAACCUUGAUUACUAUUUAAGUCUGGUCAAAUGUUCUUUUUAGAGCAACACUUUAUUUUCUAACUGUUAAAUUCAUAAUGUAUUGUUUGAACACUAGAAGUUGUACUGAGGAAAGUCGUAGCCACUGCUGUGUUAAGUGAGGCCUUUGUGAGUGUGUAUGUUAACUGCUUCAGUGAUAUAUAGAUAUUAGUCCAUUGAAUGUACAGCCAUUAUUUUGUAAAUUGUCCGUAAAUGGGAACGACACACGCAUACACAUAGUGGUUUUGUAUGUAUAUGCCUGUGCUAAGACGUACACAAAACUCUCCUUUACUGGGAUCCUAUGAGUAACAAUCGAAGUGCUUAUGAUGUUUUUUUCCCCUUUUUUUAUGGAAUUGUUUCUUAAAGUAUUGGUCCGAAACGCUCCUUUGGUGAGUACCUUCAUCAAGUUCGAUGUCACCGCCCAUUACUUUAACCUGCUGCAAAAGGUACUUUUUGUCUGAAAAGUUUUUAUAGUAUUUUAUUUCUUCUAUAAAUAUUGAACCGAA